AUGUUAAAGUGGGCAGUGACAUCGCGUUCGAAUGAUGAAUUCGAUCAAGAUGAAUGUUUAACAUUUGAAAAGAUUAUCGAACAGCAGAAAUUCCCGUGUCUCGUGCGAAUCGAUAAUAAUGACUCAUUAGAGAAUUAUUUGAUUUUAUUAUGUGAAACCAAUGAACCGUAUUUAAGUGUUUCGAAUGAAACGAAACAAUUUGCGAUACCAAUUUUAUUCGAUGGUCUUUUCGCUCUAGUCGAACACGGUAUAACUCGUUACAAUGUUCUCCAAUCGAUUCAUUCUUUAUUACCACAUUUAAAACUUUCAUACACACAUUUUACAACUUUGAAAUCGUAUACCGUACAUCAUAAUUCAUCGUCAUGUCAUUUAGAUCCAGGGACACUUCUCGAACUUUGUCAUAAACCAACAACAACAUCAACAGUUCGUUUACGUACGCUAUUCACGAGUUUACCACAUUCGCUGAAUAAACAUUUGCUAUUGAAUCAUCAAACAAAAUUCUCGAUUAAGAAGCAAUUCUCAAGCAAUGAACAUUUCCAGGUGAAAAGCAAUGCCCAUCCAGAAAUUCUCACUCUCAAAUCCGACUCCAAAGGAAUCUUCGUUCCUGUCUAUUCACAAUUUCCCUCUAUAUCUUCUCCGAAUUCCUUCUCCUAUCUCUCAAAUCCCAUUCAAGGUCUAUACACAAUUCAAUUUCUAAGUGAACUAACCAAUCACUACCCAUUGAUCGUCGAACUGAUCAUCAGUCGAUCAUUAGAGCAACACACAUCCGCUACCCUCGGCUAUCCAUUUCGACGCAUAACAGUUCAUCGAUUUGUUGAAAAUCAUCGCCGAAUAGUCGCCUACGACAUGAAGAACAACAGUUUCAUUGAGCUCGAUCUUCAACAUCGUCUCAAUCUGUAUGCAGUGAAACAUCCGACUCACCAAAACCAACACUAUCAACCGCAAUUACGUUGGUGUCAAAAAUAUCUGCCGUCAUUUCGCUCACAAAUCAAAACAAUCCAUCGGUCCGUCAAUGAGACAAUGAUGUUUAUCCAAACAACACAAUUUACCAAACGACGAUCUCAAGAUUACCAUCAACGACGAAAUUCCUCCUCGGUAAUCAAAUCCACACCGAAAAUGUUCUACAAUUCUCAAGAUUCGAUCUCAACGAUGAACUUCCAACUUCAAAAUCAUCUCGCAUCGAAAUUCUUUACCAUAUCGAACGACUCGAAAUACCAACAAAAUCCGAGAAAGAAUGCGCGAGUUCAUUUCAAUGAGUCAACCAUUGAACGAUACUCGCAAAUGAAGAAGUAUUCCAAACGCGAGAAGACCGAAAAAACUGAAGAGAAUGAUGAUAUUUUUCAAUGUACUGCUUUAUAA